UGACAACAACACGAACAACUGUGAGCCAUAUAAAUAAAUACUUUCACUUUAUGCCUUAUUCAUGCGUUCUUGUGCGCAGCAGAGAGAGUCAGAGUGGAAUGAACUCAGACGGUGAAGACAAACAGACCGCAGAAUCAAAACAAUGAAUGCCAUAAAUGCUGUACAAUUGUUCUUUCUGCUUUGGACCUUCACCGCUGUCUGUCAAGCUGAUGAUGAUUUCUUUAGUGUAACUUGUCAAAAUGUGACUGGAUCUGUGGGGAAACAAGCAACUUUCACCUGCAAGAUACACAGGAGUGCUAAAUGCUGCAUUGUAAUGUAUAAGUUUCAAUACCCUGAGAGCUAUAAAGACUCAACAAUCCGUAAAGAAGAGUUUACUGUGAACUCUUGUGAAGAGAGAAACAGCUUCACAUGCCGCUUCACUCCAACUACAGCAAAGACAGAACAAUUCAGAUUCUUUGUGCAAACAAAGUGUGGAGUGAAAAGAACAGAAUUCACUGUAGACAUAACAGGUUAUUAUAUAACAGAGACCAUCAAACCUGAAAUCCUCGCUGAAGUUGUCACUCCUGGAAAGACAGAACCUGCCUGGGACGUAUCAGAAACAUCUGAACAGAAUAAAGCAGAAGGCCGUGGAUUUAAGAUCGCCGUCAUCGCUGCUGUUAUAAGCUGUCUCAUCAUCAUCAUAAUGCCAAUCAUUUACAGAAUGACACAAAAACACCCCAAACAGAAAAGGACAUUUCUGGUUUUCAGACAUGAUGAAGACAACAGCAAUCAUCCAGAAAAUGUGAUAUAGUAGCAUUGACUCAGCAGUACCAAACUAUUUUCACAUCGUGCUCAUGAAAGACACAAGCUUUAUUUGAACUCCAGUAAACUACUCACUGCUGAACUAUAUAACUCUGGUUGCAGAUUUCAAAACACUGUUUCUGUUUUAUAUUGAUUUCUGUGAAAUAAUGUAUAUUAUAGAUCUGUUUGAUCAUUGUAGCUAUUUAUUGUUAAUAUUCUGCACAUGCAAUGUUCUAAUAGUGUGAACAGUAAGGUUUUGUACAGCGUGUUUAAUUGGAUGAACAAGUAAGCAACUCAAUAAAAACUUGUGAUUGGCUACUCUCUAAAGAUGAAUAUCUGGCACAUGUUUUUUAUGUGGCAGUUUUUUAUGAUGAGUAGGGCAGACCAGGAAACUGGGUGAAAAGUAGCUGUGCCUUAUUUAGUUGAAGGAGACUUCCUAGAUCUUAAGAUUUGUUUUCUGAAUUACUGUUCCGAGAAACAGAGAAAAAGAAAGUAAAAUGAUCUGCUCACGUACUUAGUAUUCAAAUCCAGUGUGCAGCAGUCAUUUGAGUUCACAACAAACGCACAACCAGCGCACAUCACGAACAGCAACGAGGGUCCAUUUGACUCUGUUUGGUUUUUGUUUGUUGCUCUUAGAAAAAAGUUACUGAUAUCAAUUUUAGAGUUUUUCACGUGUAACAUACCAAACUACAACAUUCACACAUACAGUGGAGAGUCAAUCUGUUAUUCAAAGUUUAUCAAACUGGAAAUAAACCAAAUUGAAUUAGUAUGAUUUAUUAUGAACAAUUUCUAUGUUUAUAAUGCCUUAAGACCCAUGUUUAUUUGUGGUAAAUGGUAAAAGCCAUUCUUUGCUCAUGUGUCAUGAUUAUAAUUCAACUGUUGCAAUGCAUUCAAAGGCUAGCAAAGGCUACCAGCUGAAACGUUGGUCAAUAAAUAGCCUGUGCUGAAGUGAGUGUGCAGUUGUUCUCUUUAAACUAGAUGCGUUUGCUUUGCCUC